AUGGGUGGCUACAAACCUGCUCGCACACCGACAUCAUCUUCCAAAAUUGAUGCUUCCUCAAGCCCACCAUUAAAGGAUCCGACCACUUACAGGAGUCUGGUUGGUGCUCUCCAAUAUGUAACUCUCAUCAGACCCAACAUCACCUUCCCAGUUAAUCAAGCCUGCCAGCAUCUCCAACAGCUCACUGAAGCACACCUAACCACUGUGAAACGGAUUUUCCAAUAUCUAAAAGGCACCAUCUCCUCUAGGCUCUUCUUCAAACCAGGCCCAAUCCAGCUGAGCACUUACUGUGAUGCUGAUUGGGCCAGCUGUCCACUAGACCACAUGUCCACUAAUGGUUUUUGUGUCUUUCUUGGGCCCAACCCAAUAUCGUGGUGUGCCAAGAAGCAACCCAUAGUUGUCUGCUCGUCUACCAAAGCUGAAUAUUGCUGCCUUGCUCACACUGCUGUAGAAAUCUCUUGGUUGUGCUCUUUGUUCAAGGAACUUCAUAUUCCCAUUCUCUCCACUUCGGUUAUUUGGUGUGACAACACAUCAGCUAUUGUGUUUGCAUCAAAUCCGGUCUUUCAUGCUCGCUCCGAACACAUCGAAGUGGAUUAUCAUUUUGUCCGUGAACAGGUCACACGCAAUUUCUUGGAUGUCCGUCACAUACCCUCUAAUAUUUAA